AACGACGCUCGAUUUCAGCAUUAGCGUGUGGAAUGCGGCUAGAUCUUCGAAUUCUUUCGAUUUGAGCUCAGAUCCGAAGUCUCAAUCCCUAGAUCUGCGUUUGUUGGCAGUGUUUGCAGUGGACGCAGCGCUGUAGAGAGGUGAGAGGAGGAGGCUCCCUCUGGAAAAAGAAAAUUACAAAAACAAAAAAGGAGAGGUUUUUAAAGCAAAAGAGUCUUGAUAAUAGCUGACACUUUAAGCAUUCAAAGGUGUCUUUUUUCUUCUCUCUUCCUUAUCUUUUUUGAUCAGCUCGUCAUCAAUGCAACAGUACAGACCUCUGCGUCCACCGCCAUCCUCAGUUCUGAGACCCUGAAGGCUGAAUCUCUCUCUCUCUCUCUCUCUCUCUCCUCCUUUCUCUCUGCAGAGAGAGAACAAAAUUCAAAACCUUGGGCUUGGCUCAUUGAGGCAUGAAAGCGGGAUGGAGAUUGAAGAAAACCACCGCAACCACAAGCGUUCCCGCGUCGGCAACGGCAACCAGGCCGCCGCCAAGCUAGACGAGGACGAGGACGACGGAGACCAGAACAAAGAGCUAAGCAUUAGCAAUAACAACAGCAGCAGCAGCAACCGGAUGAGGCCUUGGCACCAUCCUUCAUCGAGAAUUUUUCGAGUCUCGAGAGCCUCCGGCGGCAAAGAUCGACACAGCAAAGUCUAUACAGCGAAAGGGCUUAGAGACCGUCGGGUUCGGCUCUCAGUUUCGACGGCCAUUCAGUUUUACGAUCUGCAAGAUCGACUUGGUUACGAUCAGCCCAGUAAAGCUAUUGAAUGGCUAAUUAAGGCUGCGGAGUCUGCCAUUGCCGAGCUCCCCUCGCUUGAUACCACUUUCCCUGAUCCGCCAUUGGAGCUUCAGCAGCAGCAGAAGCAGCUUGCCAUUGAGAAGGUGAUGCCGAGCGAUUCUGGGAUUGAUCCUGAAGCUGAUCCCAGCUACAAUCAUCAGCAGCACAGCAGCGCGUCGGAGACCAGUAAAGGUUCGGUCUUGUCGCUGUCUAGGUCGGAGAGUAGGGUAAAAGCGAGAGAAAGGGCGAGGGAGAGGGUUAAGGAGAAAGAUCGAGACGAAGCCCAAGUUGUUUCGCACCAUCAGACUCUUGAUCCGAGCUUGAACUCUCAGGGAUCUUUCACCAAGCUUCUCACUGGAGGAAGUAGCAGCAGCACUGCUGUAACUGCGAGCUCCACUGCUGAUUUCAUCCACAACCAAUUGCACAAUCUCCCUCCAGUGACAUCGACCACCGAUUACUUCGGCAUUCAGUCGAGUCUCUUGGGCCAGCAGCAGCAGCGGCAGCAGAAAUCGACCCAUCUGAUUUCUUCAGCUGGGUUUUCCUCCCAAGCCCACUUUGGAAACAGCUCUCCCAUCGGAAUGGUACCGCUGUUUACCAAUGCCGGCGACCAUCCAACGACAGAGACGCAGCAGUUCGCUUUCGACCACUUUUUUCCGGUGGCCACGGCCACGGCCUCCACAGGAGGAGGAGGAGGAGAUUACAGCCUCAACUUCUCCAUCUCUCCGAGUCUUGCCGGUUUCCAUAGGGGGACCCUUCAGUCCAAUUCAACACCUCAUCACCACCAUCACCACCACCAACUCCAGUUAUCUCACCACCACCAAGUUCAGGCACAAAGGUUUUCUUCAGCAUUAGAUGGAUCAAGCGUGCCCUUCUUCUUCGGUGCACCGGCGACCACGACCACUGCCGGCUCUCACACCGAGAACCCGUACUCGUCGGCUUCAGGGUUCGAUGGGUACAAGCAUCUUCAGCUCAAUGGGAAAGGGAAGAACUGAGUCCCUUCUUCUUGCUGAGAUGCAGGUAGGGGAGGCCCAGCAAGCUUUUGGUGAAUGCGAGCCCGUUCAGCGCUGAGCAUCCAGACAUUACCAUUUAUUCUGCUACAAUUGUUUUAACUUAUAUUUUCGUCGGUAUCUCUUUUAUCUCUGUAUUGAUGAGUUGCCUUCUCAUCUUUGUUAAAAUGAUUUUAUGUGUUGUAGCUCAAGGGAUGAAACUUUUAUCAUAUUUAUGUAGUCCUUUGUGGUGUUCCCAUCAAUCAUCUUCUUUGAAAAUUA